UUUGCAUUUUUACUAGAUAUUAAUUCACUCUCCUCAUGAAUUUCCAGCCGUGAGUAAGAAAAGUAUGGCAACUCACCUAGCAACUGAAACAUUCAUCAAGGUUUCAGGACAAAUUACAGAAUCGUCGGACAGUGUAAAGACAAUGUCUCCAUCAAGAAGGAACUGUUUAUUCCCAGAGGAAACUCAAGUUCCAGAAAUGAAUGUUAAUCUUGAAGCAUUUAAAACAUACAAUAAGGCCAACUGUUUACUGGAGUGUUCUGUCGCCGCAAUGCUACAGUUAUGUGGAUGUGUACCCUACUUCUAUCCAGAUUUUCCUAAAUCAUUUAUAGAAAAACAUAUAAAGCUGAGCAACUAUACUAAUAGUACAAGCUUUUGCUUUUUGGAUAAUCUCAAAUGCCUCAGUGACACUGACAAUCGAGGUUAUCUUAAUUCAUAUGCAACUUCUGGUAGUGAAGGCCCUAGUGAAGGGACCAAUGGAUUGAAUUGUAACUGUCCAGAUGAUUGUAAUCAAAUAGUGUACUCAAAGGAGACUACAACAGAUUAGAGGAAUACAACAGAUUAGAGGAAUACAACAGAUUAGAGGAAUACAACAGAUUAGAGGAAUACAACAG